AUGACUUUAGAGAUAUAUUUGGCAAUAUUAAUAGGAUUUUCUGAAAAUAUUAGAAAAUAUAGGCCAAAAUUAUUAAAUAAUUUAGAUAUCAUUAUGGCUGAUUUAUUACACCCCCCCCCCCCUCCGUGAGUGAACAAAAAAAUUUUGUUCACUCACGGAGGGGGGUUAAUAUUUUUUUUUUUUUAAAUUUAUAUAUAAAUUUUAUAAAAAAUAUUUUUUUUUUCGAAAUUUAAAAAAAUCCUAAUUCGCAAAAAUUGAAAGCGAAUAUUAAUUUAAUUUAUAAAAUUUAUGUUUUAAAAAGCAAUUCGUUCAAAAUUAAAUAGAAUUAGCUCUAGAUUUCAUUAUACUAAUUAUCAUUUAUAUAUUAAAAUUUUUUUCCAUAAAAAAUUUUUCUAUUAAAAAAAUUUUUGUUCACUCACAGAGGGUGGGUUUUUGGUCAAAAAAUGGCGAUUUUUCUAAUGGUUUUGUUCACUCACGGAGGGGGGGGGGAGUUAGAAGAACUUAAAGAUCUUGACGAAGAAGAUGAGAAUUACAUUUUCCUUGACAAAUUUGGGAAUCCUCAAUUGAGAAUCGAACUGAAUAUUCAUUGAAACUUGCUCCCUAAUAAAUGCAUUUUGCUUACUUGCAAUGCAAAUGAGUCAUUAGGCUAUCUCCGAUUUCGAAUCGGUGAAACAAUGGAAAAAUAUCCCACAUUUUCAGGUCUGACUUCCCCAGUGAGCGAACAAAAUUUUUGGAAAAAUCCCUAUUUUUGGGUAAAACUCACUUAUAUAAGGAACACAAUUUUUAUAAAAAAAAAAUUUGAUAUAUAAUUAAUAUUAGUAUAAUGAAAUAUCCAGCAAUUCUGUUGAAUUUAAACAUCUUGCAUUUAAAAAAUAUAAUUUUACAAAUUACAUUAAUAUUUUCUUCAAUAUUAGGAUUUUUUUUAAAUUUUAAAAAAAAAAUUAAGAACAAAAUUUUAGUUGUUUGUCACGGAUGGAAGAGUGAGCAAUCUCACAGCUUAUAACUUGACAAGCAAUAAAGUUUCGCUGCCAAAAGUAUCAAAUAUAUAGGAAGGGACCUGUGGAGAAUUCACAAAAAGUGGAGAUCAUAUAUCUUGUGACAUUACCUCGCAGGAUAUGUGAAUUGAUGUAAGGAUUGAGUCAAUUAAUUUCAAUUUAGGCAUUAUUUAUUUUUUAUUUUAUUAUUUAUUUUGUUAUUAUUUUUCGUAAUUUUGCAGAAAAUCAAUUUACGUGUACAAUUUGAAGUCAAAGUAAACUUAAACUUGACGAUUGACAAACUCAAACUAUCCUUAGUCGAAAUUGCUAACAAAUUAUUAAGAGCUAAAAGCUUAAGGGCAAAUUAUGACGAAAAUGAUAUUGAAUUUAACAAAAUUCCUGUUGAUAAAGAAAGCCUAUCACAAGACCUGACAGCUCCUGUCCUAGAUGGGAGCGAAAUUUUAAAGAAACUUAUAGCCACAGCCUCCUUUUAGUCCAAGCUAUUCCGAUAUCUCACGAAAUCGAUCAGGGAGUUGGGUUUCCCAAUAUUUGUUGAUAAAACCAACUACCCAAAUGGCAAAUCCACUCCUUUGUCAUAAGGGCUUUUUUUAUCAAAAAAUGUUGGUAAAUCCAACUACCCGAUUGAUAUCGGAGACAUCGGGAUAGCCUAAGCCAAAGGAGUCUCAGGCUAUAUAAAGGUAGAUGGAGAUAAAGAGGUCUCAACAGUUUUUGACUAUUUAGAUAGAUAUGCAAUGUGCUUUCUGAAUAAAACAAAAAAAGAUAGGAGCACCUAUGGGAUUGAUUUCCAGCCAAGUUUUAUGGGAGCAGACUCAUUGAUUAGGGUACUAGAUAGCUUACCAAUAAGAGGGCUGAGGGUCGAGCCAACUGUGUUUUCAAGCUCAAUGGAAGUUAAGGAAGCCGAAAUCAGUAGGAAAAGGUCAUUUGUAGCUAAAAAAGUUCCGAAUUUUUGUUUGUGCAAUAUAUGUUAA